GAAUAUUCCAUCACACUCCUGAUAUAUGCUGGCGGACAGACCUUGGGGUAUCAGGAAGUGGGUGAAAGGUUACACGACACAGAAUGUGCUUUUUGUCAAUAAUAACACCAUAUGUUACCCAUGUGGGAACUACCUGAUUUUCGUGGACAUAGGCACACAGGAGCAGAAGAUGCUGCAAUGCGAGAGUGGGAGUAUCGGAGCUUUCACAACCAACAGUACCAAAAAAAUUGUGGCCUUUGCAGAGCAGCGGUUAAAACCAUCCAUCUACCUGUACACGUUCCCUGAGCUGAUUAAGACCGCUGUUCUUGUGGAUGGGGCAGAGUUGGAUUACACGCUGCUGGAGAUCAGCUACACAGGCUCCUAUUUUGCCAGCUUCUCCUCGAUCCCAGAAUUCAGUCUAACCAUUUGGAACUGGAAAACCAGCAUUCGUCUUUGUAGCGAGUCCAUUAUAGGCAUUCAGCCUACUGUUCUCAGCUUCAACCCCAUGAACCAGCUCCAACUAUGUCUGGCCAGUGAGGAGUGCCUAUUGCUGUGGAAUAUUGAACGAUGUGAUGACUUUCACAUCUUAAAGCGUAUAAAUGUAAAGCUCCCUGCAGAAGAUGGAUCUGUAGCUGCUCCAGAGUAUGUUGGGUUAGAUCCUGACAUCAGUGCAUUAACCUACUAUGGCCCAAAGAUGUUAAUAUCAGCCCAGGCAGGUCUCGUGGGAAACAUGGCCAAUACAUUCAUACCACAAGAACUCCAUAAGCCAGUGGUUCAGCCUGUAUCUGUCUGCUGGACCCCAAACUCCGAUUUGUAUGUGGGCUGUAAAAAGGGACAUCUUUUACUGGUAGAUGCUGAGUUGCAUAAAGCUGUUGUGUUGGCUACUCCAACCAUUGAAGAGUUGCCCAAAGACAACAUGAACGAUCCGUCAUCGUCCAAGAUUAUGAUGAGUGUCUACCCAGCACUAAAUCCGUGCAUAGUGAACACCCUAGCAUUCCACACAAAGGGACUGUUUACAGCUGGAACGGAUGGAACCCUCUACUGUAUCAAGGUGAAACCCCACGGGGUAGAAGUUGAGGAAUGCUGGUCAGCAGCGACACCAAUUAGGAACAUUACAUUCUCAAUAGACUACGAAUCACUGCUCAUUGCUACAGUUGAGGGUUCAGUGCAUAUUUACAAGCCAUCACAGCAAGGAAAUGUGACCACACUCUUGGACAUACACAGUGGGGACUUUGUAUCUGCAUGUCUGCUGGGGACAGGGAAAAAAUACUGUGUGUCGGCGAGAAUAACGGGUGUCGUGCAGGUGUGGUCAAUUGUGGAUGGGAAAAUGAUCAGCACCCUUUCCCUUGCAGUGAAGAUCACGGAUAUGGUGAGCUGUUCCUCCUCCAACUAUGUUGCUGUGGGGACUGAAACUGGUCACAUCUAUUAUGUAAACCUGGUAAAGGUAGAGAACCCUCACCUGAUCAACCAAAUCUAUCUCCACAACAUGCCAGUACAGUGUCUAAAAUGUGACAGCGGGGGACAAUACCUUAUGGCUGGAUACUCUGAUGGACACGUGUUCAUUGUGAAUGCCAAACCCUCCAAGCAGUUUAAAGUCGUCGGAUACACAGAGGUAAAAGGUGAGAUUAUGGGGUGUUCUCUCGCAUAUCACGUGUCAAAGAAGAUUGUGAAUUGCCUGACACUGGCAUGUCAAGCUGGAGACGAGAAAACUCAUGGAGCCACACAGCUUACUAAGUUUGAUCUUGCUGGAGAGCUAACUUCAGAGCAGGAUAGUCCAAUUUUGUUACAGGUGCCAGAAAGCCCUCAUUGGUCAGACCGGCCAACCAUUCAGAUGGUUACCAUGACAUCUCCAGUGGAAGAUAGACAAGAGAGCAACCAACAACCAGAAGAGCCUCAACCUCCGGCUCCAUCGACUGUUGAUGAGACUGCAAAAUGCUGCACAGGUCCCCUGUCGAUCCCUGGAACCACAGGAAAGGAAAAGAAUUUGAGCGUGGUCACCUUCAAGGCCACUGAAGGAGAUAGCCUUAGACUCCACAGGGCAUUAGGUCCUCCCGAAGAAUGUGGCAGAUGUGAUCCACCAAGCUCAGAUAUGUACGGAGUCUUCUUCGAUAGACCUUUGGUCUAUACGGAGGCACCACCAAGAGCAGACCAACUCUACUCCCCCAGCAUGUCCUUCUGGACUAUGGAGGCAGCCACUGGCAGCAUUGCAACCUUAUACCCCCAGCAGUAUGGCGUUCCACUGGCAUUGCAACACAGUGCUGUGACAGUUUCUUCUGUGUCUAUUGAUCACCGUGGAAUGAUGAGUAACGUAGUUAUUCAGAAACAACAAUGUCAGACAGAGCUGCCUCUGACCUCUGUAGUCCUGGACACCAAUCAACACAUCUAUGGAUACUGCACUCUGACACGGACCAUCUAUAAAUACAAGAUCAUUAGGGUUGAGGGUCACCAGCUGGGACCUGGAUUUCUCUAUCUCUCUGCAGAUCAACAGUGUUUGGCAUCAAUAGCUAAGGAUGGAUUCGUUCAGUUAAGAGAUGUGAACAGCAUGGCAUUGCAGUUUGAAACUCAGUGUCAUUCACAUUAUUCAGGAGGAGUGAAAUCAAUUGUGUUGUCGUUGGAUUGUCAAACUAUUCUUACCACUGGCUUCCAUGAUGGUACCCUCGUGUGUAAUACAGAAAGGCUUGACACGGCAGGAUCUGAACGGACCAAGGAGGUGCUGGAUUUCAAUCAGUCAAUGAUCUCAACGCUGGAUCAGAGCUGUAUAACAGAGGACAAAAUCCUGAUAGUGUUUGAACUUCGAAAAGACGAUCACAGCUCAAAGGAUAAGUUGGACAUUGCAUCAGCUACUUCCUACUUCUCAUCUGGAACACAAUCCAUUGUCUCUGUCAGCUCUCACAGCAUCCAAAGCUUCAGCAGCUCCAUCAGGAGUAUCCAAAAGAUAGAUGACUACAGAUCCCUAGAAUCAACCUGGCUGGAAACAAGGAUGGCAGAAGCAAUUGAGAAGGACAAUCGCAAGCAUUCAGAAGCUAAAGCCAAACUGAAACAAGGAAUCAAAAAGCUUCGCAGAACGAUAAAGAGGAUGAUGCUUGAAAAUGAGAGUGUACCUGAGAUUGAGCGAUUAGAUCAGCAUGAGUUUAACCUUGAUCAGAAGGAGCAGAAGAGGCUGCAUGGUGAAGGAGAGGAAAAAGUGGCUAAGGUUCGUGAGACAAUUGAAAUGGAAAACCUUGCGAACCAGUACCUGUGUGAGGUGAUUAAGAGAGAAUGCUGGGACAAGAUGGCCGUGAAGGGUCGAACAUUGGAGGCCUUCUUUUCAGGAUUGGCAGUGACCAAUUACCCAAUGAGGGAGCGCAGUAACGAUGAGCUGGAGCUUCUCAGGAAGAUCAUCCAGCAAAGGACAAUUGAAUUGAUUGACUUGAAGGCUCGAAAAGACAUUGUUGAGACCCCACCUAAGAAAGAUGAGAAAGAGGAUGAGGAGGCAGAGGAUGAAGACUCGAAGGAGGAAGAGAAUACAGCAUUGAAAGGCAGCCUGACCUGCCAGUGUGGUGUGGUAAAUCAUUACUUAUAUAAACAGUUGGAUCUGCACACAAAGGAUGAGAAGAUUAAUCAGAUUGUCCUAUUACAGGAUGUGAUUUACAACAUCAAAACUGCAUUCAACAAGGAGUUUGAUGCAACCUUUAAGCAAAAAGAGGUGGAGAUUUCCCGGGUGAAGGACAGAACCAUGAGGAUCAAGGAAAUCAUGCAUCGACUGGACGUGGACGAGGAGGUCUGGCUGCCCAUGAUGAGUAACAAGGAGAUGCCGGAGCGAGAGUUUGAAGUCCAGGAUUCUGAGAUCACAGCAGAGCGCUACCUCACCCCAGAGCAAAAGCGGAAGCUGGAGGAAGAGUACAAAGCUGAACAGCUACGGUUACUGGCCGCCAAGGCUGACAACUGGAGAGAGCGUGCUUUGAAAGACAUGAUGGGAGGAGUCCUGGAGACCAAGAAGUCGGACAUUUUGAAAAUGGAAAUCCCUGUACCAUCCUUCAUGGAUAAGGCGGAAUAUGAAUGGACUGAGGAGCAGGCCAAACAAGCCAAAGAAUACGCAAUCAAGGAGCAGGAAUUAAAUGAAGAGAAGGACAAAUACAGGAAGACGCUGGAGUCUGAGCUGAAGAAAUUGCAGGGUUCAAUUGCAGAAAGUACCAGCAACUUUGACGACACAAUGAACAAACUGUUUGAAAAGAAAGUGAGAACUGAAAUGAUCAUUUAUCAGGAGGAGCUGAAAAUCUGCAAUCUGGUCUUCUCAUUGCGGAUAGAGGAAGAGAUACUAAUCAGAGAUGCUCAACUGAACUACCUACUUGCAGAACAGAAGGAUUUCAUGGUUCUAAAGUCUCAGAUGACACAGAGCACAAAGGUGACGGUGGACCGAUUCCGAGAGACAUACGAUGAUCUAGUGGCUGAAGACAGACUCCUGGAUCGUGGAUUCAGGAAAGAGUUUUCUGAUGUCUCUGCGUCAAUGGUCGACCAACUCUACAAACUGUACAAACGCAGACCAAAGGUACAAAUGCAAAGGAUCCAAGUGGCAACGGCCAAUCCUUUUGAUGACCAACUCCAGUCAGUUGAUGACGGUCAUACCAAAUUCCUAGCAGCCAUGGAGGAGUUAGAUUCAAUUGAUUUCAAGCCUGAGACUCUGAACCCAGCCAUAUGGGAUCGGUUCUGUGAUAGCAGGAGAAAGAAAAUAGAGAGUGAACACCAGGUAAAAUUGAAGGCUGUGACUCUGGCAGAGAUGCAGAUGUUUCUUCAGAGGAGGAUGGAGGAGGAUGACUAUAGCGGACAGUUCAUCAACAACCUUACCCAAGAACUCAACAAUCUGCGUGAGAUCAAGUCACAAUUCCAGCUGAAUCUGAUGGUGCAACUUGUGCUAAAACAAGGCCAGGUGGAGGUGCUGAGCAGCGACUUCAUCCCUGACUAUUCCAACUCCAUUCUUCUGCACAAGGGGGUUGUGGAGGAUCUGAACAGCACCAUUCAGUUUUUAGGAGAAAGGAAAGUGGCCAGCAUGGUGGAACGCAAGGACUUCAGGAAAAAAAUUGUGCAGGUGGAGUGGGAGUGCCAGAAGAUGCUGAUGCAAAUGGAUGACUUACGUAACAAAAUCCGGGACAUCCUAAAACUGAGGAUCACCAAACAGGCACAGAUGUAUCUAAGUGAGGCUAAUUAUGAGAAUCAAAUCAAUGCAAACAUCAUGGGAAUGGAGCGUUCAGUCGAAGGUCAGGAGAAGUUCCACAGCAAAGUUGUCAAAAAGAAACAGGAAACCAUCAAACAGCUGGAGAAGCAGAUCGCACAGCUGAAGAGGGAGAUAAAAGUGAUAGAUCAACAGUUGAAAGAACAGCACAUCUCUUUCAGUGAAAGGCAAAAUAUUCAGGAGAUGACCAUCAGAUCGGAUCAAGACGCCCGCAUUCGCUUCAGGGACUUGAUGCAAUACAACAAGCUAAUGGAACUGAGCCGAACACAGGCUGAAGAUAUUGCUAUCCUGAGAAACGAGUUGGAGAGACAACGCAUGAAAACAUUUCCAAUCCUUGCUGAAGCAGAGCAAUACGUCUACAAUUAA